AUGAAAACAUCUUUGAUGAAAUCAAAACAAAAUAUUACAGAACUUAAUAUUAUAUCCGAGAAAUAUGAUUUUGUUGUUUCUUCUAUAAUAUUAAACAUUGCUGAUCUCUAUGAAACUGAUAAUGAUAGGUCAUGUAUUGAUAUAAUUAGUCCAAUUUUAUCUAUGACAUCGAUUACUUGUUUAAAUAUUCUAGUUAACGAAAUUUUUAUUGAUACACUAAUCAAUAUGAGAAAAUGUUUACCUAAUCUUGAUUCAUUAAUAAUAUCAUCUUUAGUAAUGAUACAACCAAGAUGUUUAUUUAUUGAAGAAACAAGAAUAUUUCGUAUCUUAUCAAAUAAUAACAAAAUUAUUAAAGUUAAUCUUAAGUAA